UCAGAUUCGCACAGAACCUCCCAAAGACCUAUCUUUAUAAAGAUAUCAAGAGUAUCUACUAUCAAUUAAACUGCUCAACCUCAAGCUAACUGUGACUCUGAAGUUAAUAAAAAGGAUCGAGUUAGAAGAAUAGACUAAGAUAAUUACCCAUGCUAACUUCCCCAUGAUUUCUAAGAGAUAAUUCAUCUGAUUUCACUCAUUGGUUCGCUGGAUUUAAAGUUCAAUACCAAUUUAUUUUCCUUUAGAUAUUCCAGAAGAUGGCCAAAUUUUCUGGAAGAGGAGGAUAAUUUAAACUGGAUUCAAACUAUCAUGCCAAGGUAUAAGCAGAGGAGAAAUGCUGAAAGCUUAACCAAGGUUAAAUAUCUGAAUAAAAAUAUUCUUCGACCACUACUGAUGGACCUUUCUCUCUACAAAUGAUAUUGGAACAUAAUGACCACAGUAAAGGUCACCUAAUCCAAUAAUCUCCACAUGAGGCCACAUAAUCUAACCAGCCCUAUAAAAACCAAACAAAAAGUCCCUCUACACCUCCAAAACCACCUUUGCCCAGCAAUUCUUAGUUCAAUGUGCCUAAAUUUCCUU